GUGUGUUCACUUUUAAAUAUUAUAAAACAGAUUUCUUUUCGGAAAGCGCGAUCAAUCUGGCAACCCUGCACUUGAUUGGUUGGCAUUGAACAAUAUUCAUGUAUAAAAACCCUCAAUAAAACUUUAUAUACAUUACAUAUGCGGUUCGAUGAAUAUGCAAAUUAAUCAUUAGUGACGUCACCUGCCGGGGUUUGGCACCUUUCAGAACCUGCAAUAGCUAUUAAACCCUCGAACUGUUCAACCCACUGCUGAAACUCAACUAUUACAUCUGGCAACCCGGAUGUGGGCCGGACGUGCGCGCGCGCUGAGUCUCUCAGUGCGAAUGAGUGAGUGAGUGAUACAGCAGGCACGCGCACAGAGCCGCGGAGUUUGGAUCCCAUAAUGAACCGGGAAUUAAACCGGAAUGAAAUAAACCUGUUCGGGGAAGAAUGAACGCGUUAAAGCUGUAAGAUGGAGGAAGCAGAUCUGGAGUCUUACCUCAGCGCCAAGUUUCAUCUCUCAGCCUGUAUUUUCUGCUGGGCGCUGCUCAAAAUCUGCCAGAGGAGAUUACGCGCGUCUCCGGUCGUCUCACAGACUCCAGCUGUCGAGGACUUCGCUACACGUGCUGCUUGUCCAGAAGAUGUCGACUCUCUCCAGGAGAAGAGCGCAGAAAGUCGAGAUGUUUGGAGAGAAUCAGCACUGGAAGAAGCUCAGGACAUGACUGAGGAGUAUUUUGAGACGUGCUCGUGGCACGGCGACGCUUCCUCGGAUUAUAUUGGAGAUCACGUGAACUUCUCUUCUCCUAAACACUCCCCUGGCCUCAGAAAGCAGGACUCGGGAGGUCAGCAUGCGGUAGUUGGUGGUCCACAGCGGAACACGGAUGGAGAGGAACUCACGGUAGCAUUGGGAAGCGAGUGCAGCUUCCCAGACUCGGAUUCAGGAUGUGCAGUUCUCGAGGAAGCUGGACUUCCCUUUCUCUCACAUACCAGCGUGUUGGACGCACCAAAAGACUCCGAUUCACAACUUUUUACAACUUGUGAGGAACUCCUGGUACAGGUGGAGGACAGCUGCGAUGCAGUGAUUUUAUAUGAUUCAGGGCGUGAUCAAGCUGCAAAUCAGUCACCAUCUGAGGAAGCUGGACUUCCUUCCAUCCUGCAGUCCAGCACAGCAGCAGGAGACUUAACUGGUUCGGAUUUAGUCGUUGCAAGCAGAGAUCUUGUGGAUAUUUCUUCUUCUAAAUGCCUCCGAAAGCUGGACUCUUCUUAUUCAGAAAGAAUGGAUGAUGUUCUCGAGAUAAACACUGGUGAAGAGCAACUCCUGGCACUAUUAUCCAGUGAGUCCAGUGUAAUGAUUUCAGAUCAUUCAGGGCAUCGUUCAUCUCUUGAGAUCGUGUCAGAGGAAGCUGGACUUCCUUCCAUUUCUCAGGCUACGUCUGAAGAAACCCUUACGCUGACUGACAGAAGUGAAGCAGCGCCGCGGUUAGAACAAACUCCUGAUUUAAGCACAGAUCAUAGGAAAUUUUCUUCUCCUAGAAGCUCUCCUGACCUCAGAAAUCUUCAUUCAGGGUGUGAUGAAGUUCUAAAUGGUUCAUCCGUUGAGGAAGCUGGACUUCCUUUCAUCUCUCAGGCUAGUGUCUCUGUCCCAAAUUUGACAGAUUCACAACUUUUCACAAUUCCUCAAGAGAAACCUGAUCUGAUCUACAGAGGUACAUCAGAACCAGAGUUAAACAGAACUUUAGAUUUCACUGUUACAAGCAAUCACAGAGAUCAUGGGAUCUUUCCUUCUCCUAAAAGCUCUCCUGACCUCAGGAAUCUGGACUCUUCUCAUUCAGAAGGGAAGAACAGUGGUCUGGAGAUGAACAUGGAUGGAGAGCAACUCAUGGUACUACUGGCUAAUGACUGCAAUGUAGUAACUUCAGAUGAUCUGGAGAAUGCAGAAAUUGUUAAUCGGUUAUCUUCUGAGGAAGCUGGGCUUCCUUCCAUCUCUCAAGUUAGCGUGUCUGACACAGACUCAAACGAUUCACAAAGUUGUACAGCUUCUACAUGCACACUAACCCUCACUGACCGAAGUGAAGCAGAACCCCAAUUAGAAACCUCUUCUGAUUUAGACCAUGUGGACUUCUCUUCUUCUGAACACUUUACUGACCUCGGAAACCUGGACUCUGCUCAUUCAGCAAGAAGGAACAGCGGUCUGGAGGUGCCCAUGGAAAGAGAGGAACUCAUGGAACCUCUAGAAGGUGACUGCAAUGCAUUUAUUUUAGAUAACUCUGAGUGUGAGGAAGUUUUAAAAGGUUCAUCUCAUGAGGAAGCUGGAUUUUCUUCCAUCUCACAAGCUAGCAUGUCAUCAAAAAUCUUGACUGCUUCACAACUUUUGACAGCUUCUAAAGAGACACUUGCACUGAGUGACAGAAGUGAAGCAGCGCCUCAGUUAGACAACACUCCAGAUUUAGAUGUUACAAGCAUUUCUUCUCCUAAACGCUCUCGUGUCCUUGCAAGCAUGGAGUCUUCUCAAGCAGAAGAAAAGAUUGAUGGUCUGGAGAUGAACACGGAUGGAGAGCAACUCAUGGAACCAUUGACAAGGGAGUGCAGGGUGAUCAUUCUCGAUCAUAAUGCUGCUGAUGUUUCAUCUGUUAGGAUUUUCUCCAAGGAAGCUGGGCUGCCUUCCAUCUCCGAGGUUAGCGUAUCCGACCCAGAUUUGAUCGAUUCACAACUUUUUCCAACUUCCGUAGAGACACCUGUAGAGCUCACCUAUAGAAGUGAAGAAGCUCCUCAGUUAGAAAACAUUUCAAAUUUAGUUGUUGCAAGCAACGAUCAAGUGGAUUGUUCUCCUAAACGUUCUCCUGACCUCAGAGACCUUGAAAACCUGGAGUCAUCUCAUUCAGAAAUAAAGAAUGAUGGUCAGCAGAUGAACGCUGGUGAAGUGCAACACAAAGUACCACUGGAAAAUAGUGCAGUAGUGGUCAGUGCAGUGAUUUUAGAUGAUUCAGAUGAUGAAGCUGCAAACUGGUCAUUUCUUGAGGAAGCUGGACUUCCUUCCAUCUUGCACACCAACACUGCAUCAAAAGACUUGACGGAUUCAGAACUUUUUACAACUGAAGAUACACUUACAUCUACUGACCAAACUGACACAGUGCUCCAGUUAGACAACGCAUCAGAAUCAGACGUCCCAAGCAGAGAUCUUGUAGAAUGUUCUUCUCCUGACCACAAACAUCUGGACUUAUUUCAUUUAGAAAUCAAGAAUGAUGGUGUUCAAUUAAAAACAGUCACAGAAGAACUUCUAGUACCUUUGACAGGAAACUACAGUGCAGUGAUUUUAGAUUGUUUAUCCUGUGACGAAAUUGUGGAUCCAUCAUCGUUUGAGACCUUGUCCAAGGAAGCUGGACUUCCCUUCAUCUCCCAGGCCAGCAUGUCUGACACAGAUUUGAUUACUGACCAAACUGAAGCUGUGGCCCAGUUAGACAGACCUAGUUCCGAUCUAGAUGUUGCACGUGAAGAUCAAUUUGAUUUCUCUUCUCCUAAAAGCUCUCCUGACCUCAGGAAUCUGGUCUCUUCUCAUUCAGAAGGGAAGAACAGUGGUCUGGAGAUGAACAUGGAUGGAGAGCAACUCAUGGUACUACUGGCUAAUGACUGCAAUGUAGUAACUUCAGAUGAUCUGGAGAAUGCAGAAAUUGUUAAUCGGUUAUCUUCUGAGGAAGCUGGGCUUCCUUCCAUCUCUCAAGCUAGCGUGUCUGACACAGACUCAAACGAUUCACAAAGUUUUACAGCUUCUACAUGCACACUAACCCUCACUGACCGAAGUGAAGCAGAACCCCAAUUAGAAACCUCUUCUGAUUUAGACCAUGUGGACUUCUCUUCUUCUGAACACUUUACUGACCUCGGAAACCUGGACUCUGCUCAUUCAGAAAGAAAGAAUGAUGGCCUGGAGGUGAAUGCGGAGGGAGAGGAACUCUCAGUACCUCUGUGUAUCUCAUACAACAUCAAAAAACCUGACUUCUGA